AUGAGUAGAUGGAGGGGGCUAAAGAGGUCGUCCUCUCUCCCUACCUCCAGAGGGUCCGGCCCUAAGGUACCCGGCAAAAAGUUUCUGCAGCCGAAGACUAAACCGCAGCUCCUGCCUCGGCCUGUAGUCGUCCCUACUACCAGCACCAGCACUGCCUCCGCCAUCACUGUCCCCAGCGCCGUGCCACAGAACGCCAGUGUCGCUUCCCCCACUAGUCGGAUGCCCGUCCCUUUGUCUGCGAAGUCCAGGCAGUCGCCGGGUACUACUGACAAAGCAGGAAAACAGCCAAAACUGCAGGACGCUCAGAGGCAGUUCCGACAGGCUAACGGAAGUGCUAAAAGAGUGGGAGGGGAUCAUAAAACUACUUCCCCUACUAUACCCACCUCUAAAAUCCCUGCUUUUUAUCCUAGCUCUCCUAAAGGCAGCUCCCAGGCUGCACCAAACUCAGAUGCUACUAAUCCCAUUAACCCUUCCUCCUCCUCCUCCUCCUCCUCAUCCUCCUCCUCUUCUUCCUCAAAGUCCUCCAUCCUGUCCUCUCACGCUCCUCGAUCCGCUACCCUGCCCUCCUCCCACAUCCCCUCCUCCCACAUCCCCUCCCUGUCUAACGGAUCCCUCAAACUCCCAGCACCCUCACAGCACACAGGUAAAGCUCUCUCGUUCUCCUCGCAGACCCAGAACGGUCGAGUGCACUCCUCCUCCUCCUCUUCAUUCUCCUCCUCCUCCUCAUCCUCCUCCUCCCCCUCCCCUCUGUCGCCCACACCUGUGGGCCCGGGCGGAAAGAGCAUCCGCACCAUACACACCCCCAGCUUCACCAGCUACAGGUCCCACAACGGCAGCAGCGGCAAAUCCUGCAUCCCAACCGCCACAGCAGCUAAGGACACCACUUAGCCCCACUAUCGCCCCCCUGUGGUUUUACUGCGCAGCAGGUAGACGUGGUCAUGUUUUAUUUUAGAUAGUUUGGUUUGUUUGUUUUCUUUCCUAUUUUUUAAAAUUUUUUUGUAAAAGUAUUACGUGAUGCACUCCCCCCCCCCCCCGACUCUUGUUUUAUUUGACACUGGUAUUCUCACAUCGAUACUUUUAACCCCUUUUGAGUUAUUUGGAUUGUACUUACUUGGAUUUUGAUUCUUUCCUGAAGGUGUUCCAGAUGUUCUCACAAAAGAUUUUACAAAGAAACUUUAAAAAAAAAUAAGUUUUCCCACUUUGUAGUUGAAGUGGACGGCUUUCGUGGUGUUGAAAAUCUAUUUUUCUUGCUGUAUCUAUGAAUAGGGAAUAUACAGUUGAUGUACAAUCACAAAGUACAGUGUAAAAAAAUUGUGUUUUAUUUUUCAAACCAGAGAUUGAAUAAUCAUAGUAUAUUUAAUCUUCUAUUUUCCUGUGUUGCUAGACAUUCAGCAGUCCUGUAAAUGCCUUUUAUGAACGUAUACAUCCGUGUAUACAGACAUUUUAAAAGUCAAUCUCACUAAGAACUGAGAGUAUUUUCUUAUUUUCUCUGCCAAUUUCUUUUACAGAUAUAUAUUCAUACACAACUGGGAUCAUUAGUAAUGCAAGUUUUCAUUUUAGUGUGCCUCUUUGCCAAAGUUGUCGUACAAUGACUCACUUCAGGCCUAACACAGUCACACGAUUUAGGGGAAUUUACAUGAACUCUUCUUGGUUGAAGUGUUGACCUGCUGGUCUCGGUUUGUUAAGUUAACAUGUAUUGUUGUCUAAAUGUAAACUGUACUAAAAACAAAGAAAUGAAACAGUUCUCCCAUGUGUACAUAGACGCUUCUACUAAGGAAAUGAGUAGUUUUGUUAACAUACCAAAGUUUAUUUGUAUGCAUGCCUUUCAAAAACUUUAGGAGAGUGGUGUAAAAGAAGAAUUAUGUUUGCACAGAUAGAUUUUUGUAAAUAUUUGGUUUUCUCCUCCUUUUUGUAAAGCUUUAAAUCAUACUAUAAAAGAGCAAUGUGGUAAAGAUGUGUUGGAGUAGCAAAAAUAAAGAAUUGCAUGCUUGUAA